GCCAGGGGAUAACCACCCUUCCUCCAAAUUAAAGUCAAUAUUCGGCCGGGUGCGGUACCAGCAGAUGUUGCGUGACGAUAGGAUUUUUUUAUGCCAGCAACCCUGAGCUGUUUGGUGUUUAUUCACAGAUGCUUGUGUCAGCUUCGUCUCUCUCUCUCUCCGCUUGACUCACUCUCACAAACCCCUCGCGCCAGCGAGUCAAGAGAACCGGGCGGUCGGACGGGCAGAUCACUUCGUCCUCUUGUGCUGCCCGGGAUGUUUCGGUGGAUACCGGCAUCGGUACCUGGUAGUUAUGGAGUUUCGGUGCAAUUGGUAACCUCCGUUUGCCCAUGCCCAGACAGAGUAAACAGGGCGAGGGUACGAAUACGUCUGUACAUACAUCCUUCGGGGCUGCUCGGGCUGUCCCAAAACACCUCCAGUCCGAACUUCCCGCAGGACGAACCGGAUGCCCUGGAGCGGGCCGGACUUGGGUGGGGGAGUGGUUGUGGAACACCGUGGCGGUGGGAAAUCUGUCUUUUUAUCUCCGAAAAUCCCGGACGGCUGCAGUUCGACGAGGAUGGGAUACGAACCAACCAAGGAGCUGAUGUGAUGGUCGAUUCCAGCACCGGACCUCUUCGUCGAAUCAUGGGUAAGGGCAAUAUAACCCUGGCAGUGGUCCGAUUUGGCAACAAUUAGCGGUGCGAAGCAAAUUGUCGGACGGCCGUUCCUUCCAGGUUGUUUGUCGGGCUGCCUGCGGGUCCUUGCCUCAAAGCAAUCACUUAAUCCCCGAUCCAUGGUUUGGU